GCCCGCAUUCCCGGCCCUCCUAGUCGCGGGCGGACCAACUUUGCCAGUGGGCCACCCCCGGUCCUGUUUUGUUUCCAAAUUCUUAAGACUUACCAUAGUUAAAUGCCGUGUUCUAGACUGCUGAGGCUACCCUACCCGGCCUUGCCACUGCUUGUUGUUCGGAGGGCAGCAGCGUGGCCACCAUCUACGACGUUACAACAGCGAGUGACAAGACAGAGAAGUGAGACAGCCUCCUCCCCUCCCCUUGUAAGAUUAUAUAACCAGCCGGACCAAUCGCUGAAAAUUAUCAUCUCGGUUGAAAUAGAUUACCUCUAUUCAACCGCACGGGUAACUUUCCCGUGUGUCACUCUCUAUUACGAGCCUUUGCUCCGGCUGCUAAUUGUGAUUGAUUAUGUGACUGUGUAACGAAGUGGCGGCCAAGGACAAAACCGUUGGGCUGUACGUGAUGGUAGUGGGCCUUACCGCGGAUGUAGACUCCCAUCCCGACCCUUGCUACCCGGUAGAGCAUCUCGCUGCCAUUAUCUGUCAGGUGACAUUUCCUAGAUCCUUUUCUAUCUAAUAUGAUG